AAGAAGAUGCUCUGAUAGUCGCGUUUUGGCGUGUACCUGGUCGAAAUGGGAAAUUAAGUCAGAUUGAAGACAUGGAUGAAAUCGCUGUUGAGGUUUUAAUUUAUAGUCUGUUUUUAAAGUUUGGUCUCGGUUUAGUUUAGUGAGCUACAAUGGAGCCUCAGGGUUUAAUCGGUGACCUGGAGAGGAAGAGUAAAGUGCAGCUGUGUGAAAUACUGACACGACAAGAGAAGUUACUAAAUAAUAAGCGGUUCGUUCAAACCCUUCCUGACAAAGGAAAGAAGAUUUCUGAGUUUGUGGAGAAAGUUCACCAUGCUCUUGCAAAUAAGGAAGAAGAAGAGACGAAGCAGGCCAGCUUGGUGUCUGUGCGAGCAGAGUUUCAGGCCAGAUACCAGCAGGCGUUUACUCAGCGCCAGCACGUCGUCUCCACUGAUCUACCUACUGCUAGAAGAAGGCGUAAAAAAAACGAGGACUCGAUGAACACAGAACCAUCGCACCUGGAGGAAGCUGUGAGCAGAGUGGAUGGUGAAAACGGCUCCGAGUCGCUCGGUAUAGAGAACACUGAGAUGGGAGAGACCGCAGCGUCGAGGAAUGCAGAUGGAGAGAACGACACGGAUCUCAUGGUGGCGUUUGAACGGGUCACUUUAUCCGAGGAGAACGCCGUUCCUCCCAGAGACUCGGCUAGAAAUCCUUUUUUAGGCUCCCAGCAGCAGAAGAAGCCACAUUACAUCGAAGUGUUGGAGAGAUCUGAAGAAAACGUGACUAAACCUCGAUUCAGGCCCAAUCAACUGCCAGUGAAGUCAGCGUCUCCGUCUCCUGGUCAAUCCCCUGGCAGUGUUACCCCCCUCAGUGCUGAGGCUCGGAGACAGAGGGACAGGAAGCACCUCGAUGACAUCACAGCUGCCAAACUUCCUCCGCUGCACCACAGUCCUGCACAGUUACUGUCACUGGAGGAGUCCGUCACCAUCCUGAAGGAGCAGGCAAAGAAGUAUCAGGAGGUCCAAGCCAAAUUAGCUGCCCAGAAGCUGACCGAGGGUCUGACCGUCAGUAUGAACAGCUAUAAUCCUGAGGGGGGCGCUCUGACUGCAUACAGAGAAGUGCAUGACGAUGGGGCCAUCUCAGAGGAAGACUGACCCAGGAGACUGAUCCUGUCUUAGCCUUCGGACAGACACGUGAAGCUGUAGGAUCAGCUUCUUUUAAUAGUAUUGUCUCAGGUACUUCCUUAAGUCGAAUUAUUCUGAGGCUCUUAACGAUGCUGUUCUGCAGAUCAUACUGCAAGGUACCCGGUUCCAAAAACAAUAGCUGCUACCGGGAAUGCGCUUUGAAUAAAGCACUAGUACAGUCCUUCUCAAAUCCAGUUCUGGGACUCUGAGUGCUAAAUGUUUGUGUGUUCCUUGCUAUAACACCUAAUUUAGCCUGACAGGACUUUAUUAAACCCUACGUGAUGUGUUCUACAGAAGCAGCCGUCCAGGAAUGACACCUCUGGGACUGAGAAGAACUUCACAACUAUGACUUGGUUUCAGAAAUAUGGAAACGCAUGAAUAAAUUGUUGCAUAAUAUAUUUUUUGUAAGUCCUGUUUUGCAGCGUGAAAUAAAAAAUAAUGUUGACAGCUUAA